AUGGCAACACCAAAUAACAACGAGCAACAUCAUCAACCCACUGCUGCUACAGGCGGUAACACUACCACUUCAUCCAUCCUUUCAUCAGAACAACGUUCUGAAAAUGAAGACAUUACGAUGGAGGAGACCCAUCAAGAAGAAGCCCCAACCGUUCCCACUGCGCCUAUGGCUCCUGUCACCGAUAACACUCCCAUCCGGGCAUGGAUAGAAUCUACCACCCCAGAACCGGCUUCCCAAGGGCUUCCAUCCCAAGCACUGGUCAAGCGUGCAAUGGUCAGAGACUUACCCAAGUUCAAGAUCUUGAACGAUGACACAAAGGACUCAGAUGACGCAUUCGUUUCCGUAAAUCAAUAUUUCAAAGCAUUUGAAAGAACCUUCAGAAUGCAGAAUGUUGAUCUCGAGCCCAACUGGAGAGAUAACCUUGCGAAUGUCAUUGGAAUAGACCAUGCUGAUUGGUACACUGACACCAUCGAACAGAAUAUGGCAAUCUCAUAUACGCAAGCCAAGGCUAUGAUCAUGGAUCAUAUUGAAUCCCCUGCCAAAGCCAUCAACAUGUUUAACAAGUUGGUCAAUCUUCGACAAAAGACUGGGGAACCUGCUGCUGACUUCGGCAAACGUUUUAUAAGGGCUGCUCAUGCUGCUCAGUGUGCCGAUAGUAAUUUCAUGGCUCGUCUUUACAUGAACAACUUGCAACCCUACUUGAAUCUGAGUGUUCGCACAUCAUUGUCGAGCCAUCUCGGCAUCUCAUUUUUACAUCAAUUGAAGUCCUUCCGUCAAGUCGAAGCCUUGAUUAGUGGUCUAGAAGUACAUGUAUCUGAAGAUCCUUUUGUCGCAAGCAUGAGCAAAGGACCUAAAAGAAACCAUGAGCCCAAGCUUAAGGGAGGUGAACGUUCUUCUGGCAACAAAUCGAAUGAUAAAAAAUGCUACUAUUGUAAUCAACCUUGGGAAAAAGGCCAUCGUUGCUCUGAAUUCCAUGAAGCAAAGAAAGCUAAGCAAAACCAAGGCCAAUCCACUCAUCAUAAAUUGUCAAACAACAAUCAAGUAAGAACCAUCAAGAUGGAUCAACUCAUGGAAGAGUGGACUAACUUUGACAUGAAAAGCAGUAAAGAAGAGGAAGCGAUUGAUAACGCUAUUGCCGCUUCAGAAGACGAUAAUAUUCGUAAGUGUCGUAGUAUUAAACAAGAUUUCAAUAACUUGGUAACUAACAAUCCUUUCUCUUUGUAUACUCCACUAUUAAUACAAAAUACUAGAGCAAUUGGAUUAGUUGAUACAGGCAGUGAAUUAUCUGUAAUUAGUAAAAAGUUUAUUUUAUGCAAUAAAAUUUCUUUUGUAACAAAUAAUCACAAUGCUAUUCUUAAACUGGCUGGUAAAAACAACACUAUUAAUAGAGUGGGUCGCACUGAACCAAUUGAUAUAAGCUAUAAUGGCAAAGUUUCCACUCACACCUUUGAAAUCAUCGAAUUUGAUGAUAACGAUCAAACUGAUGUGAUUUUGGGUUACGAAAUCUUACCUAAACUCGGCAUAGCAUUAACGGGUGUAGCACACAACUUUGACGACGCUGUGAUUUUCGAUGACUCAAUCAAUGAUGAAAUUAUCCCUAAUAACUCGCCCGCUGGCUCCACUGAAGAUCAAAGGCACUUUAUUGAGGAAAUAAAACCAUUGCUUGAUGCAAAUCAAUCCAUUUCUAAACAUAGCUUCUGCACUGUCCCAGAAUCCGUCAUCCAUCUAAACACAGUUGAGGGAGAAUACGUAAACAUCCCACAGUAUCCCAUUCCUUAUAAAUUGAGACCUAAGAUACAAGAACAAAUCCAAACUUGGUUAGCCAACGGUACCAUUGAAAAAGCACCUGUAAACACCAAGUGGAACUCACCUUUAACACUUGCUGCCAAAAAGGAUAGCCAAGGCAAUAAGUCGGAUACCAACAAGCGUGUGUGUCUGGAUACUCGCGCCCUCAACAACAUCCUCCUGGAUGACGAUGUACAAAGCCUACCACACAUACCUGACAUAUUCCACAAAUUAGCUGGCUAUUCCGUAUUCACUACAUUUGAUGCUUUCUCGGCUUUCCAUAGAUUUGAAAUAUUUGGUCCAGACAGAGUCAAAACCUCAUGGACUUCACCGAUUGAUGGAACUCAAUACUGUUUCAAAGGUUCGCCGUACGGGAUAAAAUUCCUCAGUAAUGUUUACCAACGGGUCAUGACACGUCUAUUCAAUGACGAAUACGAAUACGUGGAUCCAGCUGAAAACAACGGUAAUACCCAACGACGUCGCAAUAUCCUCAAAAACCAUGUCGCAUUUUUCGUGGACGAUUUGGUAUGCUUCAGCUCCAAUCUACACGACCAUCUAAUCCAUGUGAAAGAGGUAAUCCGUAUCCUGAACAAGGUCAAUCUAAUCCUCAACAUCGAAAAGUGCCAUUUCGCACAAAAAAGUAUCAACUUGCUGGGAUUCUCUGUCUCUGAGCAAGGGAAAACCAUCGACACACGUAAACUAUCCAACAUUGAAUCUUGGCCACGUCCCAAGACUGGCACUGACGUUCAAAGAUUCCUGGGUCUAGUCAACUACAUGCGUGAUCACAUCCCUAAAGCUGCUGCUUUGAUGGCCCCUCUGGAUAAGAUCCGCAAUGCUAAAGUUAUCACGGAUAAAGAGUGGACCCCAAUGAUGGAAACACACUUCCAGGCUAUCAAGAAUGUGUUAGUUUCCAAUAUAGUCCUCAGCCCUCCGGAUUUAAACCAUCCUUACACGGUAUAUACCGACUCCAGUUCGUACGGCAUUGGUUGCGUACUGUGUCAAGAAUAUAAUGUAGAAGAAACAGAAGCGGUAAAGUACAAGCCUACCUCAAACGCACAUCAAUCUGCCUCUUCUUCAGUUCAUGACAACCAGUCCACACUUACCAAUCUAGGCAUCAAUACCAAGCCUCCCGUUAAAAAGAUCAUCAAAUACAUUGGAUUUAUGGCACGCUCACUCUCUUCCUCUGAACGCAAUUAUAGCACCACUAAAAGGGAAUUAUUAGCUAUCAUUUUUGCCUUGCAAAAAUUUAGAAAAUUCCUUUGGGGCAACCGUUUCAAGGUUAUGUGCGAUCAUCGUGCGCUGACAUACAUCCACACUCAAAAACAUGCCAACAGCAUGAUGUUAAACUGGUUUGAUUACCUACAGGAUUUCGCCUUUAACGUUAUUUACCUACCCGGCAUACAGAAUGUUCUUGCCGAUAGCCUCAGUCGAUUGUUUCCUCCUAUGGAUCACAAUCUGGGGGAGGAUAUGCUGGACAAGAACAAUAAAAUGUCAUACAAACGAAAAAAUAUCAAGUUCAAGAACAUCAAUGGCAAAAUUAGAGCCAUCAAAAGAGACACUAAAAACAAAUUCACUGUUAAACAUGUAGAAUAUAAACAUGGUGAUUACUUUACACCACCUGAAAAGGAACGUAAGGCUCUCCUAUUAAGAGCACAUGUAUUCGGGCAUUUCGGUGCUGAAAGUAUUAUCAAAUCUCUGCAUAACGAUGGUUUACAUUGGCCCAAUUUAGCUGUAGAUGCUGUCGAGUUAGUGAAGAGCUGUACUUCAUGUCAAAAACAUAACAUCACUAAAAGAGGAUUCCAACCUUUAAGACCAAUCUAUUCAUACAUUCCUGGCGAUCACUGGGCAAUUGACCUGGCGGAACUACCACUGUCAGCAAAUGGACAUAAAUACCUCCUCGUAAUGGUAGACAUCUGCACACGCUUCUGUAUAUUAAGAUGUAUGAAGGAUAAACGUGCAACAACGAUGGCCAAGCACCUUGUGCAAGUAUUUUCAGACUUUGGUUACCCUACAAAAAUCUCAAAUGAUAAUGGAUCCGAAAAUGCAAACAUCAUAAUGCAAACGUUAUGUGAAACCAUGAACAUCGAUCAAAGACUCAUCACUUCCUAUAAUGCAGCAAGUAAUGGCGCAGCAGAACGAUUUGUACAAAGUUCCAAGUUAGCUAUUGCUAAAGCAGUAGAAGGAGCAGGACAUGAAUGGGAUCUAUACGUACCAGGUGUACAACUCGCCCUAAACAAUAAGGUUUCCAAGAGACUAAAUACCCCUCCUUUCAAUCUCAUGUUUGCAAGACGAAUGAAUGCCUUUGUAGACUACAGAGAGUCAGACAAGCAAAUGAAAAGUGUCAUGUCGUAUGAAGAACUUAUCAAAAGAAUUGACCACAUGAGCGAAAUCGUACUGCCAGCCAUCAAGGACAAGACUGACAAAUACGUUGCCAACAUGCGGGAUAAAUUUGACAAAUACAAGAAUGUCGUAGAUGACUAUCCAUCUGGAACUCAUGUCAUGGUACGCAUUCCUACGCUUAAAGGCUCCCUAAUGCCAUCAUAUGAAGGUCCUUAUACAGUCAUUCGCAAAACCAAAGGCGGUUCCUACGUAUUACAAAAUGAAACAGGUGUGUUAAUGGAUCGAGAUUAUGCCCCAAGAGAAUUGAAAGUAGUCAACAAAGACAACAUCGACGAUGACGAUGAAGUCUUUGAAAUCGAAGACAUCUUGGAGCACAAAGGAUCUGGUAAAACCACCGAGUACAAAAUACGUUGGAAAGGCUACAGCCAUGAGCAUGAUUCUUGGGUUACCCCAGACCUAAUUACACAUGAAGCAACAAUCCAGAAAUACUGGAGAAGACGAUUAGGCAAAGAUUACAAGCCAUAUAAAAACAGCAAAUCGAUGCCCUUCACUGACACUCUCAAGAGUAAUAAGAAAGGCACAUUGCAGAACAUCAAUGAACAGCUCGUUUCCUUACAAGAUGACAUAAACAACAACUCGAAUGCUCAAACUGUUAUCAGAAGCAGAAAAAGAAAGAACAACAAUUAUAAACCCACACAACAAGUUAAUACUCAUAACGCCUUGAAUCAAUAUAAUACUACACCAAAACAAAACAAAAGAUCUUGUGCGAAUACAGAUUAA